UGGGUGUGUGACGUGGUCGGCCUUUUUUGCUCUGACAGGCGCCGGGGGAAGUCGCCGCAGCCUUUUCCUCGGGGUGCUUUGGGAGUUCAGAGAAGGGGAGCCGGCUCUCGGAGAUUACAACUGGACUACAAUCAUGCUUUCUAAACUGGCCCAUCCACACUGCUUGGCAGUUCUGCGUCAGGGUGUCCGAACUUCAGCAAGUUCUGCUACAUCGAUUGCAGCAAAGAAAACGGUCCAAGGCCCACCAUCAUCAGACUACAUAUUUGAGCGUGAGGCUAAAUAUGGUGCACAUAAUUAUCACCCACUCCCUGUGGCACUUGAAAAAGGAAAAGGUGUUUACGUGUGGGAUGUAGAAGGCAAAAAAUACUUUGAUUUCUUAAGUGCUUACAGUGCUGUCAAUCAAGGCCAUUGCCACCCCAAGAUUGUAGCUGCUUUGAAAUCCCAGUGUGAGAAACUUACCCUUACCUCAAGAGCAUUUUAUAAUGAUGUGCUUGGUGAAUAUGAAGAAUAUAUCACUAAAAUGUUCAAGUACAACAAAGUGCUUCCAAUGAACACAGGUGUGGAGGCUGGAGAAACAGCAUGCAAACUGGCUCGUAAAUGGGCUUACUCAGUGAAAGGUAUUCCAAAAUACAAAGCAAAGAUUCUUUUUGCAGCUGGCAACUUCUGGGGAAGAACGUUGUCAGCAGUCUCAAGCUCUACAGAUCCUUCCAGCUAUGAUGGGUUUGGACCAUUUAUGCCAGGUUUUGAAGUAAUUCCCUACAAUGAUUUGCCAGCUCUUGAGCGUGCACUUCAAGAUCCAAAUGUUGCAGCCUUUAUGGUAGAACCGAUUCAAGGUGAAGCUGGUGUGGUUGUUCCUGAUAAAGGUUAUCUAACAGGAGUGCGAGAGCUUUGCACAAAGCAUAAUGUGCUCUUCAUUGCUGAUGAAAUUCAGACUGGAUUAGCCAGAACAGGGGAAAUGCUAGCUGUUGAUCAUGAAAAUGUUAGACCUGAUCUGGUCUUGCUUGGAAAGGCUCUGUCUGGAGGUCUUUAUCCUGUGUCAGCAGUUCUGUGUGAUGAUGAAAUUAUGCUCACCAUAAAACCUGGUGAACAUGGCUCUACGUAUGGAGGGAACCCACUGGCCUGCCGAGUGGCCAUGGCAGCACUUGAGGUAAUUGAAGAAGAAGAAUUAGUUAAAAAUGCAGAAAUCAUGGGCAAUAUAUUGAGAAGCGAGCUCAUGAAGACUCCAUCGGACAUUGUCACUCGAGUCAGAGGGAAAGGAUUAUUAAAUGCUAUUGUUAUUCGGGAAACUAAAGAUUGGGAUGCCUGGAAAGUGUGCCUGCGACUCCGUGACAAUGGACUACUGGCCAAGCCGACACAUGGAGAUAUAAUCCGGUUGGCUCCCCCACUAGUGAUCAAGGAAGAUGAGAUCAGAGAGUGCAUUGAAAUUAUCCACAGAACCCUUCUCUCUUUUUGAAGGUGCCUUGUUUAACCUGUGCCCGCAAUCUAAUGGCACAGCGUGGUGGCUGAAGCAAGGUACUGGAGCUUCUCAGCCUGAUCCUUCCUGGUUUAAUUUUUUUUGCUCUGUUCAGUGAGAGAAAUUCAGCCUUUGAAGAUCAAAUUAAACCAUUUGUUUUAUAAUGGACUGAAAGGAAAAAAAAGACGAAAUUUCUUCCCUUUUUUCUGUUUUGUGGACUAUUUGUUCAACCUCUUUUAAUGAAUUAUACUGUAAUUUGAACAGUUCCUUAUGUUUCAAAGGUAUAAAUUAUAUACCUUCAUGUACCAAAUAUUGUAUCUAAUGAAACUUUUCAUUAAAAAAAUGGUCAACA